CUCGGUCGUCGUACGCUCGUGAGUUUCGUCGUAGUUAAACGCACGUCGGAGUGUAGAUUUUUUUUUCUGUUUCAUACGCCUAAUUCAGCCUACUUUGUCCGAUUUCCAGCGUUCGAAUUUACGGGAAAGCGACGCGUUUUUCGUGCUGCCGUAUUAUUUUCUGGGGAAAAUAAGUUAUGUGAUCCUAUUCAAUAUUACAAAGUGCUUUGAUCUAUGUGCGGAUAAAAGAAUAACACAAAAAUCGGUUCGAGACGUGAUUCAACGGAGUAGGCGUUUUGUUCUCAUCCACACCGAAGCGAGUCAGUCGGAAUUCUAUGAGCAAUACAUAAUUUACUGGUAAUUAGCGCAGAAUUCUGAAGAAAAAACGGAGCGGCGAAGGUGGUUUACAUUAACAGUGCUAGUUUCACGCGUACUCGACGAAUUAAGGCAUUUAGCCAAAAGAAGGGGGUUAACAGUGUCGUAUGUGCGAGGGUAGCAGAGUGGGAGUGACACAAAUUAUUUCGCACUCUGCUAAAAGUGGUGGUUGUGCAAACAUAGGGAAUUCUGUGUUCUAACCUGAGGGGGUAAACCAUCAACCGUAACAACAACAGCAACAGCAGCUGUGACAGUGGUAGUUGAAGUAGCCCCAGGCAGCAGCAAGAAGCAGUCAGUGGUGUAACGGAAACAACAGAAGAACACCAACAGACAACACCAAACCAUGCGCGAAUAUAAGAUUGUUGUGCUCGGAAGCGGAGGUGUCGGCAAAUCCGCCCUGACGGUGCAGUUUGUUCAGGGUAUAUUCGUGGAAAAGUAUGAUCCAACGAUAGAAGACAGUUAUCGCAAGCAGGUGGAAGUGGACGGACAGCAAUGCAUGUUGGAAAUUCUGGACACAGCGGGAACGGAACAAUUCACGGCCAUGCGAGAUCUGUAUAUGAAGAACGGUCAGGGUUUCGUACUAGUGUACUCCAUUACGGCACAAUCGACAUUCAACGACCUGCAAGACCUGAGGGAACAGAUUUUGAGGGUUAAGGACACUGACGACGUUCCGAUGGUGUUGGUCGGCAACAAAUGCGAUCUCGAAGACGAACGGGUGGUCGGCAAGGAACUCGGCAAAAGUCUCGCCAACCAGUUCAACUGUGCAUUCAUGGAAACGUCAGCCAAAGCCAAAAUUAAUGUUAACGACAUUUUCUACGACUUAGUUCAACAAAUUAACAAAAAGUCCCCCGAGAGAAAGCCAAACAAAAAGAAGAAAUCGUUGUGCGUGUUGCUCUAAGUAAGCUAUAACUACUACUACUAUUACUUCUAAUUAACAAAAAAAGAAAAGGUAAUAAUAAAAAAAAGCUGAGUAAAACAAACUUGCGGGAGAAUGGAAAAAGACGAAGUAAUAAAAACGCAGUUCGUUCAGAUGUAAGGAAUUAAGAAGAAACGUUAAACCUUUAUUAAAUUAGUGAUUGAUAACAGAAGAUGAAAAUAAAGAACGUAAUGUGGAAAACACAAACAAAAUCGGGAGGAAAUAAAUCAAAGGAAUUAACUGAUUAAUUCUGCACAUGUACUGACCAUGUGUGGGCAAUGUGCGAUUUACGGUAUGUUAGCGUGUGAGAACAGUGGAAGAAUGCAGAAAAAAAAGAACCGAAAGAAAGAAGCAUCAUUUCAUAAGAAUUUAUUACUUAUCUGAGAGUAAUUUAAGGAAGGAAAUAUUUUUCUUUCAUGUUUGAAGCACAGUCAAAAGGAUAGACACAAAAUGCACAGGUUGCACCGGUGAGGAAGUGAAGUUCGGGAAUUGGGCAGGAAUUUAUGAAACCGAUGUCGGGAAAAAAUAGUCGAGAGAAAAUGUUACAUUGUUUGCUUUUUAUUUGUCUAAGAAUUUUCUCUUGCAUAAAUGCAGACGUAUCAUUAUUGUUAGUUUGGGAUUCAUUCGAUAGACUCUAAUUUCAGGAAUUUAGUAGCGCACUCAAACGUGUGAAUGUGCUGUGGUGGUUAUUAAGGUGUUACGUCGGAGGUCAUACAUAAACAUCAUAUUCAAGAUUGAAGACGAUGGUAACAUAAUUAAUUAGGUUGAGUCACUUUAGUAGUGAUAAUGAUUUACAGGACGAUCUAAGUACCCGUGGAAAAGUUAUAUUGAACGGUGUAAUAAAAAGCAUGCGUAUUUGACAUCGAGCGCUUUAUUCAACUGAGGUACCUAGCGACAGUCGAUGUCGACAUUGCGAUGAUUUAAAAAAUAUAUUGCAGUCGAAAUAAACGUUUCAUGGUUACUUAGAUUGCAAACUAUUAAAAUUGAUAUCGAGUUGACCGCUUGCUACCAUCGUAUUUGAAUCUUAUAUUCAUUUAUUUUUCUCUAAAUCGUGAUUAUUUGGCUUCCAUUUUGUAAACACCCUAGAAACAUUAAUUGCGUUCAAUCUCAUACUUUCAAAAACACUCGCCAAGCUCUACCUAUGAAGGAAACGCAAAUAUCAAUAGAAAAAACAAUAGAACACGAACAAAGUGGAGCGAGCUAACUAUGAUGAUCUGUGUCGGUGUUUGAAAAAAAAAGCAGAACACAACACUGUGAGCGAGUGUUAACUAAUGGAAUCAAUGAGGGAGAAAACUUUAUGAGACUUUCUUGAGAAUACAGAAAAAAAACAAUAGUUGUUUAACAUACACUUUACAAAAGGUUCACCGCAAAACAAAAGUGAAACAUAUUAUGAAGAAAAUUGUCGUUCAUUCAGAUAGAAAAAAAAUAUAAACUGCUGUACAACUGAAGAAAAGUAUUAUGAAGGAAACUUUCAACUGAUAUGAGUAGUAGAAAAAAAGUAGAAUAGACAAAACGCGUAAAUCGUAUGAUGUGAAUUCAACCAAGUUAGAUUUUGUACUAUUUUUAACACAAAAUUGUAUUGGAUUUUUCUACUGUCAUAUGCGGAAUCCUUGCAGCACAUUGGUAGACAGUGAUCGUUGCUCUUCUCUUUCGCUGUGUUCUCAUCUCUCAUGUGGAGCCACCAGUUUAAAUCAUCCAAAAACUCUCACCGGUUUUUGGAGUGCCAAACACAUACACACAAUCAUCACCCUUUCACUACUAAAGAAUUUUGUAACACGCUAGCUCAUCGCAUUUGAAAUUGCAAGUUGUUGACUAUAUAAUAGGAUUUCUACUCCUCUAAAACACUCCUCACGCUUUCUAAAAUCAAGUUUCGUUUGUCUUAUUCGAAUAGUACUUUCUCUUAGAAUUUUAACCCCUUACCCAAAAUCGUUCACUUUAUACUAAUUCUGAAAAUUCUGAUAACUAACAUUCGUUUUAGGUGAAUAAUAAAUAUGAAACGAAACAAUUUAUUAAACAUAAAAAUUGAGGUAGGGAAUGAAGCAUAAUCAAACUGGACAAAACAAACUAUGCGAGUUCGCCUUUGUUCGAGUUUUUAAAAAAUUAAAUAGAAACAAACAAAAUUGCUGCAUAACGUUAAGCCAAAUCGUAAUCAAUCAAACAAAAAAGCUCGUCAUCGUGUCGUUGUCGUCGUCAUGGAAACAAAGUCACUCACCCGUAGACAUCCCUCACUUCCCCGAACGCUAAGUUUUAAUGUAUGCGUGUGGGUACCAGAAGUAGAUAGUCCUCUUCCAAUUCACAAUCCACUGUACGAAAACAAAAAAUAGAAUAAUGGCCCGAACACAGCUGCAAGUGUGUUGGUGUUAAGGAAAAUAAAAUUAUUAACGGGAAUCAAACGAUAAGAGAGCGGUUGCACAAUUUUACCUAAUCCAUCCCAACUCCACUUUUCCGUUUCCGCGCACAAUCAAAAUGGCUGAAACUGCCGGUUCUCAUACAUCCGCCCCCACUCACUCACACAACCGCGCCAGUCGAAUAAAAAAAAAUGUUAUCGUCAUUUUCAUUUAUAUCGACAGUAGAGUAAUCAAUUUUUACCCAUUAGUCCACGUAAUGAGAGAAAGACUUUCCUGUCCUUUUGCCUCUAGCCUAGCCGUUGGUAAAAUCGCCAUUUCCUUCUCCAACGAAAAAAAAACGCCAUCGCCAUCUUUAUCCACCAUGAUGAGAGUGGAAAUCAUUUACACAUACCCCCGAAACAGAUGCGCUCUUCACCCUUUCAACCAUUCAAAAGUAAUGAACUUUCAAAAUGGAGACCUAAAAUUCGAACCAACAAACAUCAUUUAAAACGGACGGUCAAAACCAAGAAAAAUAUUACUGUGUAACCAUGCAAAACAAUCUAUUUUCUAAUGAAUAAAAAGUAUAUAUAUACAACAUA